AGUUACAUUGAACAAGGGCGAAACCCUGAUCUAUUCACACAAGCUUUUGUGGAAAGAACAGCAACGGAAAAUCAAUUCACUAAUGGUAAAAUCAAAGCUGUUAGUGAAUUCCGUACAUUAUUAUCAGAGGAAUUCAACAAGUCGUUCCCUGACCUUUAUGAC